CUACCGGGGAGACAACAGAAUACUCGCGUUCACCACAUCGUUGACGCAGUCAUUGCAUUCAGAGGACACCGUCGCUGAGCCGAAGUUUGGUAAAAGGGCUCCGAACAGAACUCACCAUGGCCACUUUCAAAGGCGACAAGAUCCCAACUUGCUAUGCCUCCUGUUCGAUAGGACAUAAUGAUAAGCACACACUGCCAGAGAAGUUGAAGGCUAUUGCCGGUGCAGGUUUCGACGCUAUUGAGCUUUCCAUGCCCGAUAUUUUGGCGUAUGGCCAACAGAUUUCGGAGAACAGAUCCGAACUAGAUCCGAAUGAUUUUGCAACAAUACGAACUGUUGGACAGAAGAUAAGAGACUUAUGUAAAGAGCAUGGCCUGAAAAUCCUGAUUCUGCAACCAUUUGCCAACUUUGAGGGGUGGCCCAAAGAUGGAAAGGAGCGCAAGGAUGCCUGGGAGAGGGCUAUGGGCUGGAUGAGUAUCAUGGAAACAAUUGGAACAGAUAUGAUGCAGAUUGGUUCGUCAGACGCCGAAGGGAUCAGUUCAAAUUUUGACGACCUUGCCUCCGACUUGGCCGAGCUUGCCGAUGUUUUCGCGAAGAAGGGAUUCCGAAUUGCUUACGAGAACUGGUGCUGGGCAACUCAUGCACCAACAUGGAAAAGUGUAUGGGAAGUUGUCAAAAGGGCAGACCGACCGAAUCUUGGGCUAUGUCUUGAUACCUUCCAAAGCGCUGGCGGUGAAUGGGGCAGCCCGGUUACCAGAUCAGGACUGAUUGAAGACGUGGGCAAGUAUGACCUCGAUAGAAGAUGGAAGGCGAGUUGUGAAGAACUCUCACAGUCGGUGCCUCCUGAGAAAAUCUUCUUCUUGCAGAUUUCCGACGCGUACAAGAUGGACCCGCCACUGGAAAAUAAGUCCGACAGGAGCGGAUUGCGCCCUCGGGGUCAAUGGAGCCAUGACUACCGCCCCUUGCCAUACGACGGCGGUUAUCUGCCCAUUGAAGACUUCACGAGAGCAGUACUCAAGACUGGCUUCCGUGGCUGGCUUUCGAUGGAGGUCUUUGAUGGUAGAGGACCGGAUAAAUAUGGUGACAAUAUGCACCCCUAUGCACAGCAAGCCUUCAGCUCUUUGCAGAAGUUGCUCGAUAAAGCUGGAGCCAAGGCCUGAGUGGUGUCGUAUGAGGAUGGGUGCCAAGAAGGCCCCCCUUGGACGGCAUGAAAGAAAGCAGCACAUCAAAAGUUCUCGAUGUAUUUGCACGUCCGCCUAUUCAGUGCAGUCAGGAGUACGAUGGUACAAGAAGCAGCUUGAGGUCAAAUAAUGACGUGGCAUCACAUCCAGCCAUGCAGCUGAAAAAGGGUUGUUACUCAACUGCAAACCAAACCAAGAGAUGGAUGGGUUGAAGGAUUCUGUACGCCAGUUGGUGGAACGAUCCGACAAUGCUUCGAGAGGCUGGAGUAUGUUGCACAAUGAAGUGUCUCUGUCGUAAAUGUAAUUCCAAGACAUGUAGUCCAACAGCCAAGCCUUUGACCUGUCACAAUCUGUCAUACUUGUCAACAGUGUUUGUGGUAUUGUAGAUAGCCCUCAUGCUUUCCGAAGGAGAUCCGUCACAGUUCAAGGGAAAAUAUUGCCGGCGCACGGAGGAUUUAGCCCGCCUCAUCUUGAUAAGUUGGUUAGAUAAAGCUUAGUACAUCGAUCUAUUGAAUGCG